GCUGUUUGCGCGUUGCGUCAUCGACGUUGCGCUGCGUACUACUUUCUCUGGGCUUCUGGAAGGACGGCUCUGCCGGUGUCAUUCACAUCAACACGGAGUGCUCCAGCCGUUUAUAACGCUUGUUCGGGGACUUAAAACCAUGAUUAAGAAUGGAAGCCAUGCUGUGGAGGAGGAGGACAAGGUAGAGUCAAGCUGUUUGAGCCACAGCCAGGAGAAGAGGAAGCGGGUGAUCCGGGUGUGGUGUGACGGCUGCUAUGACAUGGUGCACUACGGUCAUUCUAACCAGUUACGACAGGCUAAGGCGAUGGGAGAUUAUCUCGUAGUAGGAGUACAUACGGACGAGGAAAUAGCCAAGCACAAGGGGCCUCCGGUCUUCACGCAGGCCGAGCGAUAUAAAAUGAUACGGGCCAUAAAGUGGGUGGAUGAGAUCGUGGAGGGGGCGCCGUAUGUUACGACACUGGAGACGCUGGACAAGUACAACUGUGAUUUCUGCGUGCACGGAGAUGAUAUCACAUUGACCGUGGAUGGAAAGGAUACAUACGAUGAAGUGAAGAGAAUGGGUCGAUACAGGGAAUGUAAACGUACACAGGGAGUGUCUACGACAGACCUAGUGGGUCGUAUGCUGCUGUUAACAAAGUCACAUCACAGUAAUGUUGAUAAUGCAUCCUACCAGCUCCACACAGAUAACUUUGGGAAAGGCCCUAAAGGGCACAGCCCUUGGACUGGCGUCUCUCAGUUCCUUCAGACAUCUCAGAAGAUCAUCCAGUUCGCCUCAGGAAAAGAACCACAGCCAGGGGACACAAUUAUUUAUGUGGCCGGAGCUUUCGAUCUCUUCCACAUCGGUCAUGUGGAUUUCCUCGAGACGGUUCACAAACAAGCAGAGAAACCUUACGUCAUUGUGGGACUGCACUUUGACCAGGAAGUGAACCGCUACAAAGGGAAGAACUACCCCAUCAUGAAUAUUCAUGAGAGAACUUUGAGUGUGCUGGCAUGCAGAUAUGUGUCUGAGGUUGUGAUCGGGGCUCCGUAUGCAGUAGGAAAAGACCUUCUGGAUCACUUUAAGGUGGAUGUGGUGUGUCAUGGGAAGACCGAAGUGUUUCCUGACACCGAUGGGACAGACCCUUACACCGAGCCAAAGAAGAGAGGUAUUUUCCGCAUCCUGGACAGCGGCAACAAUCUGUCCUCCGACGACAUCGUGCAGAGAAUCAUUGGGAACAGGUUGCAGUUUGAAGCCAGGAACCAAAAGAAGGAAGCUAAAGAGAUGGCCGUGAUCAAGGCUUUGAAGAAUAAAGCUGAUUCGCUGAAGACCGAGACGGCUCUAACGAAUAAUUAAACAAAAAUAUACAAGCCAAACAAAUCCAGGGCUUCGUCGUAGAAACAAAAUUACCCCCAGACUGUUAUAAAAACACCCUGAACAAACAAACGCCUGAGCUGAGGCUGCUUUUAAGUGGACUUGGAGAAACACAGACUUGUUUUUUGUAUUGUACGACUCUUGUUUGACGACAGAAUCACUUUGUUGUUUAUGGAGAGUUUUUAUGGUACCUAUUAAAUGGGUUUGGAAGACAUUCUCCGUGGAUUGGAGGAACAUUGAGAAGCAUUCAGCAAAUACUUUUGCGUCAUAUAGAAACACUUGAUGUUGACUAUGAUGGAUUGCAUAGCAGCUGUGUUAGUAUGAUUGUAAGCUUAAUCUGAUUUUUUUUAAAAAAAUUUUAUAUUGUGUCAUGGAAAUAUAUCCAGUUCACAUUUUACCCCAAAAUCAAAAAGAAAAAGGAAAAAAAAAAAUCAUAAAGAAUUUUUCUAUUUUUAGGACUAUUAUUAUUUAUUUAUUUAUUUUGCAUUGUGAUUUAUUACCAUCCAUAUUCUCAUUAUUAUUAACACAUCUGGAUUUUGGCAAGUUGGCUCUAUCUAUCAAAAUAAUGUCACAAUGCAAAAAAAAUAAAUAAAAUGUAAAUAUUAAAUCAUUAAAAAAAAAAUUGUGGUAAAAUGUCAUUUUUACCUGGUUUUACCCUAGUUUCUUUUAUUCUGAUGGUACUGUUGAAAUUUUACCUUUUUCAUCAUCAUCGUUGGAAGUUUGCUGUGUGUCACGGAAAAAAAAAAAUCUCUGAACAAAUCUCAUAGGUUUGUUUCAAAUAUAGUUUCAUACGGUGUCCAUAGUCACAUAUCUGGCAUUUUGUUGAGAUCAAAGAAACAACCAAAGACUUUGACCUCAGGUGAUUGUUUGAUGUUAGUGUAAUGUCACAGUUUCAUUCAUUUGAACGUUUAACAUAGAUAAUCUUUACAAACAUCAGAGUCUAAACUAAAGUGAUUGUCAACAGUCAAGCUUGCUUUUAUCUCAUAUGUACUUUUAUCUUGUUUUUAUGCAGUUUGUCACCUGUUUUUGUUUUUAAUGAAUGUCAAAGCACCUUGCAAUUGAAGCAUGUUUUUGUUUUUAAUAUUUCCUGCACAUGUAUAGUGAAUAGCUUUGAAAAAAACAGACACUAAUUUAAUGUUUCAACUGCAGAAAUGUUGCGUGACCAAUUCUGAAUGUGGUGUUAACGUCUUCAGACAAUCUUUAAUUUAUCAUCCCACGAUAUCUCAUCAUAAACUGUAAAUCAUCAAAACGCUUCCAUUAAUUGCAAAUUAUAUGCAAUUAUCACAAUAAAUAUCAAAACAGGC